ACAUUCGGCCCCUUUGCACCUGGACUUGGACUCGUGUACACCUGCUCCAAACCCAAUCCGUGGAAAGUGAACUAUUGGCAAACAAACCUACCGGAAAGCUUAAGAGAACUACAUCGUUGGCUCGAUCUUGGGAAAACUGCAUCUUAAAGAUGGCUCACAGUGGACCCCGAGCCGACGGCGGAGACCUGCUGAUGCCCACGGGCCAGCAGGUCUCCAGCAACCCUGCAGGUGGUGUCGACACCAUCAUUCAGCGCCCCGCAGAAGAAGGACUCCCUGAGGUGGUCAGGAUCCUUGAUGAAGACCUCCCAGUCGACCUCUCAUCUAAUGAGGAAGAGAUCAUUGAUGUUGAGUGGGUAAGUAUAGAUGAUGGUGAGUACUUCCCCCUCCCCCUUGGUUAUGAAGAGGAGGAUGAAGAGGAGGAUGAAGAGGAGGAUGAAGAGGAAGACCAGUCAUCGGAAUCAAGUGAUUUGGAAGACUGGGGCGAGUGGUCCGACGAAAGCAGUGAAGAUUCGGGGUAUGAGACCAUGGAUGAUGAUGAAGAGAGUCUUGAUGGACCUGAGAAUGAAGACAUCGGACCUCCUUCCCCUCUCAUCCAGCAGUUCCCACCAGAAGAGUUUUGGCAAGGCUGGCGAGGACCCAUUGAUGUUCCUGUUGGUGCUCCACAGUUCUCACCAGAAGAGUUUUGGCGAGGCUGGCGAGGACCCAUUGAUGUUCCUGUUGGCGCUCCACAGUUCUCACCAGAAGAGUUUUGGCGAGGCUGGCGAGGACCCAUUGAUGUUCCUGUUGGCUCUCCACAGUUCUCACCAGAAGAGUUUUGGCGAGGCUGGCGAGGACCCAUUGAUGUUCCUGUUGGUGCUCCACAGUUCCCACCAGAAGAGUUUUGGCGAGGCUGGCGAGGACCCAUUGAUGUUCCUGUUGGUGCUCCACAGUUCUCACCAGAAGAGUUUUGGCGAGGCUGGCGAGCACCCGUUGAUGUUCCUGUUGGUGCUCCACAGUUCUCACCAGAAGAGUUUUGGCGAGGCUGGCGAGGACCCGUUGAUGUUCCUGUUGGUGCUCCACAGUUCCCACCAGAAGAGUUUUGGCGAGGCUGGCGAGGACCCGUUGAUGUUCCUGUUGGUGCUCCACAGUUCCCACCAGAAGAGUUUUGGCGAGGCUGGCGAGAACGCGUUGAUGUUCCUGUUGAUGUUCCUGUUGAUGUUCUUCCACAAGAAGAAGCCGGUCCCUCAACCUCAGGCCUCAGCACCUCAGCAAAGAGAAGCAGAGAAGAUGGCUGGGCUGAAGAGGUAAGUUCAAAGAGGGCCAGGGUAAGUAUUGAGGAAAACCCAGAGGAGUCUCAGCCCUCAGCACCCAGCAUCUUCACAAACAGGCAUGGAGAGGAAAGCUACAGGGACUCCGCUCCUUCCACAUCAUCAGGACUCAACUCCGUGGGAAACAGGGCACACUGGUUUAGGCCUUUUAGGUACCCCAAAUCUGAUGACAGCGACUCAGAUUAGAAUGAUAGGAAGGUAAGUAUGAGAGCAACAGGAUAAAAGCCACCGAGAGCCAUGAAGAACGUGGGAAUUCCACACAGAAAGACCCAAACUGAUCAGCAGGUCAGCGUUCUAAAGCGACAGCUCUGCAAACCACCGUUAACCAAAGGCAAUAAUGCUGUCAGGCCCUCCAUGCUGAGGCCCUCCCUGCAGAGGCCAUUCUUGCUGAGGCUCUUAUGUUAUCACAUAAUG